CGGGGACGGGCGCGGGUCCCCUUCCCCUCAGCCCUCCCAGGUCGCCGGCGGCCCGCCUGGGGCCGGCCCCUCCUCACGGCCCCUUCAGCCGCCGUACCGAGGCUUCCCUUCAGCCGGUAGUCGGGCCUGCGGGGCCGGCGGCCUUCGGUGUCGUCAGGAAGCAGGGCCGCCCUCGGCGGAGCGCAGCCGCGGCCAUGGAUGAGGAACCCGAACGGACCAAGCGCUGGGAAGGGGGCUACGAGAGAACAUGGGAGAUUCUUAAAGAAGACGAGUCCGGAUCGCUGAAAGCUACCAUCGAGGACAUUCUUUUCAAGGCAAAGAGGAAAAGACUCUAUGAGCACCAUGGACAAGUUCGACUUGGAAUGAUGCGUCACCUUUACGUGGUUGUUGAUGGAUCAAGAUCUAUGGAGGACCAAGAUUUAAAGCCAAACAGACUUACUUGCACUUUGAAGUUAUUGGAAUAUUUUGUUGAAGAGUACUUUGACCAAAAUCCUAUUAGUCAGAUUGGCUUAAUUAUAACCAAGAGUAAAAGAGCUGAAAAAAUGUCAGAACUUUCAGGAAACUCAAAAAAGCACAUAGCUGCUCUGAAGAAAGCAGUGGAUAUGAACUGCAGCGGAGAGCCAUCUCUAUACAAUGCGUUAAAUUUGGCCAUGCAGACUUUAAAGCACAUGCCGGGACAUACAAGCAGAGAGGUUUUGGUAGUCUUCAGCAGUCUGACGACAUGUGAUCCAACCAACAUCUAUGAUCUAAUUAAGUGUUUAAAAGCCGUUAAGAUCCGAGUGUCUAUCAUCGGCCUAAGUGCUGAAGUUCGAGUUUGUACAGUGCUUGCCCGAGAAACUGGUGGAACAUACCACGUUAUUUUAGAUGAAAGUCAUUAUAAGGAACUGCUGAUGCAUCAUGUUAGUCCUCCACCUGCCAGUUCAAGUUCUGAGUGCUCUCUUAUUCGAAUGGGUUUUCCUCAGCAUACUAUUGCUUCUCUAUCUGAUCAAGAUGCAAAGCCGUCCUUUAGCAUGGCGCAAUUGGAAAACAACACUGAUCCAGGUCUUACCCUGGGUGGAUAUUUCUGUCCCCAGUGCAGAGCCAAAUACUCUGACCUUCCUGUGGAAUGCAAAAUUUGUGGUCUUACACUGGUGUCUGCACCUCACCUGGCUCGGUCUUACCAUCACUUGUUUCCUUUGGAUGCCUUUCAGGAAGUUCCACUGGAAGAAUAUCAGGGGGAACGGUAUUGUCAAGGCUGCCAGGGAGAAAUGAAAGAUCAAAAUGUUUACAUAUGUAAAGUGUGUCAGAAUGUAUUUUGCGUGGAAUGCGAUUUGUUUGUUCAUGAUUCCCUGCACUGCUGCCCCGGCUGCAUUCACAAGCACCCUGCGCCCGAAUCUGUAUGAUGUAAUCUCUUUUUAGAAAUUGCCAUAACUAUGUCAUUCUUGCAUAGACCUAUUUCAGCCAUAACUUUCACUGUGAUGGCUCAAAGCAAGAAGGACCUCAGAUGAUUACAGAAGGAUGAACACUGGCUUGGGAGCAAAUAUUAAUUUUUAGCUAAUGUAUUAAUGAUUUUUUUAUUUUUAAUAUAUUCUGGAAUUAUCUGUACCUGAUCUAUUGUCUUUGCCCUUGUCUGAAAAGCUUUGGCUUUUUUUCAAUCUUACUGUGAGUAACAUGUAUAUUUGUAAAUGUUAUAAAACUGCUUUUUAUAAUAA